UGGCCCCUCUCGGUUCCUCCCUGCAGCACGCCUGUGGACGCCAUGCGGGGGGCUCUGACGCCCCUGUCUGUGCCAUCACCUCUGCUGCUGCUAUUGCUGCUGCUGCUGCUGGGGUGCGGGCCGCGGGCAGCCACCGGCGGCGGGGCUGUUGGGGCAGCGGGCUACGCGCCGGUGAAGUACGUGCAGCCCAUGCACAAAGGACCCGUGGGCCCGCCGUUCCGCGAGGGCAAGGGCCAGUACCUGGAAAUGCCUCUACCGCUGCUACCAAUGGAUCUGAAAGGAGAGCCUGGUCCCCCUGGGAAACCUGGGCCUCGGGGACCCCCUGGCCCUCCUGGCUUCCCAGGAAAACCAGGCACUGGAAAACCAGGGCUACAUGGGCAGCCUGGCCCCGCCGGCCCCCCUGGCUUCUCCCGGAUAGGCAAGGCUGGUCCCCCAGGGCUCCCAGGCAAGAUUGGACCACCAGGGCAGCCGGGGAUUCGGGGAGAGCCAGGGAUACGAGGGGACCAGGGCCUCCGGGGCCCUCCAGGGCCCCCUGGCCUCCCUGGGCCCUCAGGCAUUGCUGUCCCUGGGAAACCAGGCCCCCAGGGGGUACCAGGGCCCCCAGGAUUUGGGGGGGAGCCGGGGCCCCAGGGUGAGCCUGGACCCCCGGGUGAUCGAGGCCUCAAGGGGGACAAUGGGGUGGGCCAGCCAGGGCUACCUGGUGCUCCUGGGCAAGGCGGUGCCCCCGGACCUCCUGGCCUCCCUGGUCCAGCUGGCUUGGGCAAACCAGGUUUGGAUGGGCUUCCUGGGGCCCCUGGAGAUAAGGGUGAAUCUGGGCCUCCUGGGGUACCAGGUCCCAGGGGGGAGCCAGGGGGAUUGGGCCCAAAAGGGCCCCCUGGGGUAGAUGGUGUGGGGAUACCAGGGUCAGCAGGGGUACCAGGGCCACAGGGCCCAGCAGGGGCCAAAGGGGAACCAGGGUCCCGGGGUCCCCCUGGCCUGAUAGGCCCCACCGGCUACGGGAUGCCAGGACUGCCAGGACCCAAGGGAGACAAGGGCCCAGCUGGGGUCCCGGGGCUCUUGGGGGACAGGGGUGAGCCAGGUGAGGAUGGAGAGCCAGGGGAGCAGGGCCCACAGGGCCUUGGGGGCCCCCCUGGACUUCCUGGGUCUGCAGGGCUCCCUGGCAGACGUGGGCCCCCUGGACUUAAGGGGGAGGUAGGGCCUGGAGGACCCCCAGGAGCGCCUGGCAUUCGGGGUGACCAGGGACCAAGUGGCCUGGCUGGGAAAACUGGGCUCCCGGGAGAGAGGGGCCUUCCCGGGGCCCAUGGACCCCCUGGACCGACUGGGCCCAAGGGUGAGCAAGGUUUCACGGGCCGCCCUGGGGGACCAGGGGUGGCAGGAGCCCUGGGACAGAAGGGUGACUUGGGGCUCCCUGGGCAGCCUGGCCUGAGGGGCCCCUCAGGAAUCCCAGGACUCCAGGGCCCAGCUGGCCCUAUUGGGCCCCAGGGUCUUCCAGGCCUGAAGGGUGAACCAGGUCUGCCAGGGCCCCCUGGAGAGGGGAAAGUGGGGGAACCUGGUGUGGCUGGGCCUACAGGGCCCCCUGGGGUCCCUGGUUCCCCAGGACUCACGGGCCCUCCUGGGCCUCCGGGGCCACCUGGCCCCCCUGGUGCCCCAGGGGCCUUCGAUGAGACUGGCAUCGCUGGCCUGCACCUGCCCAAUGGUGGUGUGGAGGGCGCUGUGCUGGGCAAGGGCGGAAAGCCACAGUUUGGGCUGGGCGAGCUGUCAGCCCAUGCCACACCUGCCUUCACUGCCGUGCUCACCUCACCCUUUCCUGCCUCGGGCAUGCCUGUUAAAUUUGAUCGGACUCUCUACAAUGGCCACAGCGGCUACAACCCUGCCACCGGCAUCUUCACCUGCCCUGUGGGCGGGGUCUACUACUUUGCUUACCAUGUGCAUGUCAAGGGCACCAAUGUGUGGGUGGCCUUGUAUAAGAACAACGUGCCAGCCACCUACACUUACGACGAGUACAAGAAGGGCUACCUGGACCAGGCGUCUGGCGGAGCCGUGCUCCAGCUGCGGCCCAACGACCAGGUCUGGGUGCAGAUGCCCUCGGACCAGGCCAAUGGCCUCUACUCCACUGAGUACAUCCACUCCUCCUUUUCAGGGUUCUUGCUCUGCCCCACAUAACCCACGGGGCCCUGCUGCCCUGGCCUCUUCCUCUUUAGUGGUAGAGAGACCUUCUCAGUUACGAAGAACCUGCAUUUAAAGAAAAAACCAAAGGCUGAACAGAGGCGGGAACAGAGGCGUCCGUGGCCUUGGCCUUGGCCCGAGGAGACUGACUUGGUUUCUUCCUCCAUGCAGGCUGAGGUUGUUUCUGGAAGAGGCUGGCCUGAGUUCUUCCCCACCAAGUGUCUGUGCAGUGUCGGGGUUGCACCCCUAUUCCUGCCCUGCCUGGCCUGCAGGCAGGGCUCCAGGACACUCAGCCCAGCUGUCGGAGACCCCUACCCUCUUGUGAGUCCUGGGCUCUGCUGGGUGGUGAAAGAUGCUGCUUCUCUGUUAGAGCUGAGAAGGGACUGGGUUCCCCAUCUACCACCCGCCACCCCGAGGGGGUGGGGGGACAUAUUCUUAAGCCCUGUCCUUCCUGCUGGCCCUGAGAUGGCACCUGCUCAAGGAAUGGGACAUAGCCUCCCUUAGAUCUUGGCUGGGGCUCUUCCAGCUCCCCUGGGACCCAGCAUAUGAUGGUGGGUCCCCUGAAGAGUUUGUUUCUCUCCAGGGGAAAGGGAGAGGAGGGGGACCAUCGAGGUGGCCAGCAUGGACACCCUGCCAAGACUGUAAACCCAGGGGCAGUGCUGUGGCAUCAGGCCUGUCCACGGCAGGUCCAAGUGUGUGGCCCCUCCUGCAAGCUCCUGGGAAGGGCUAAUCCCCUUUCCCAGCUCUUGCCACAGCCAUGGGGAAUGGUAGUUUGUGAGGGGUCAGGGCAUGGAGCUGGGGUGUCUUCACAGGCAUCUCCAUCUCCCAGGCUGCCCUACCAGCUCUGACUCUGUUUAGCAUGAGGGCAGCAGCCCAGGCCCCCCUGGGGAGGGGCACAGGUAGGCAUGAGACAGGUAGGCAUGAGACAGGGUCAACUAUCAGUAAACAGUAUUUCUUGGGGGAGGGCUGAUUUUCUCAUACAAAAUUGUAAGGGAUCCUUGUCACCCCAACCCAAAUAUCCCCAAGGUAGAGCCUCUCACUUGGCCCCGAGAACAAGGUGCUCACAAGCUCGGGGAUGAAGGUUCUGCCUGCUUUUCCUUAUUAAGGACCACAUGGUGGGUAUGUGUGUCUACUAGAGGGGUUAAUCUGGGGAGCUUCCUCUCUGGUUCCAAUUUCCUGUUUUAAGCAGGAUUAGGGCCCAGGAGGCUGAGGCUCUGAGAAAAAGGAUGCCAACAGGCCCCUCUGCAAUGAGUUGGCCAUGAAUGUUUCUGCCAUUUUCCCUAAUCAGAGUUCUGCUGUAAUAAACAGGCAGGAUCCCCCUCCCAUCCCCUCAGCCCCUGGUUCAAGCCGAAUGGAUAAAGCUGAGAUUAACGUUGGGGUAGGGAUGGACACUCUUACCCGUGUAAGGACAGCCACUCUAGCAGUGGCCUGGGCCCUCUCCUUUAGCCCUCCCCAAGCCAGCCCACUUUCUUGAAUCAGUGCGAGCCUGCAUUAGUCAACUUGACCUGGUUGCGCUGUUCCGAUUCUGGCCCCGCUAGACCGUCCAUAUUGAAAUGGAGGGUGACUGCUGACUUCUGACUCGCUAAGCUGUGGUUCCCUCAGGCCCCUUGCCUGUCUUCCUCCCCACCAACUUCUCCCAACAAAGCAGGCCAUUUGACCGCUCAUUUUAACUUUCAAAAGGAGAAAUGAAAACCCAAUCUGCCCAAGCGACACUUAAAGAAUAGGUUUUGGCCUGGGUUCAUGGUGGAUUUCUUACGCCCCUACAGCCAUGAGAGCUAAGGAAUCUCGAACCAUACUUGGUGAGCCCUUUGCUCAGCCUCCUUUCUGGGUCAAAGCCACCACUGACCGUCUGACCUGUUAGGGAGAGGUUCUGAUGGGUGGAAAUUCAUCAGCUCCCAAUGGUUACCCAGGGGACCAAGGAAGGUAUGGGGGAACCCCAAAAAACUGUUUCACAGAACUGAGCUUCUGAUAAAUGUCACUCCUGAAGCCUUUGGGAGGGGUUGUUGGUGCUUCUGAAAUGUUUGUGGGAUUUUAGUUCCAGUUGUCCACUUAACUAGCUUUGAUAAACAAUGUCAGGUUUUAACAAUGAAAACUACAUUACCUUGUGCAUUUUUAUAUUCCAAUUCCUUUUUUUUAAAGAUUAAGGUUUAAAUGUUUUCCAUUAGUCAUUCCAUUUCUAACCUGGUUAAGCAGCUUAGUUUUCUACAUAGCUAUUAUGUGCCCUGUGUCACAGAAGAUUAGGGAAAAAUGCACUUGGGAAUCAAAGAAAAUGGGACUUUUGAAAAGAAAAACAAUUGUAUUGACUGUACUGACACAGCCUCAAUAAAACCUGUUGUGUAAAACAGCACAGUGCUGAGAAUGGCAUUCAUGCAGAGGGGUCUCAAGCCUUUGGAUUUCAUAAGGCGUCCAGGGAGCUUGCUGAGGCUCUUGCUCUGUGCCGUCUCUCAAGGAGCAUGUGUCCCUCCCCAGCUGCCCGGCCAUGGGUUCUGUCACCACUGCAUAGGAAACUGUGCUCCUAAGCUGCCAAAGCUCUGCACCAAGUAAAUGCCAUGAGGCCUUUUAAGAAAGCAGUUAGGCAGUGGCUGG